AGCAGCGCAACAGCAUUGAGCUGCUCACCAUAGCAGCCAUCACCCAUCUGCCCACCGCUGUGCUCUUUGUCCAUGACCCCUCUGAGGAGUGCGGUGUGAGCCGGUUGAAGCAGUACCAACUGUACAGCGAAAUAAAGACAAGGUUUGCCGACCGCGUGUGGAUCGACGUGAUAUCCAAGUGCGACCUGCCUGCUGCUGCUCCCACGGGGGAGCCUCCAGGCAGCCAAUCAGAUGAGGCGGAUGGGGAUGGCAGGAGCGCGGGCCUCGCAGACUUACUUGCAGAGGGGGCGAAUCAGAGUGGGAGGAGUGAGGGCGAGGAGGGAGGAGCCUCUGCCUCUUGUGGGGAGGUAGAUGGGAGCAGCGAUGGCCAGCAGCAGUCGCAGCAAGCUGGGGGGGCUGGUAAGGAGGGCAGACAGACAGGAGGGAGUAACAGCAGUAGUUUGGACAGCAGGGAUACUGGUGCGGUGCUGCUGGGUGGAGAGGAGGUCGUGGGGCGAGCACAUGGGGAGGACGGCGCAGCAGACACAGCAGCAGGAGACACGGCAGCAGGAGUGGCAGCAACAGGCGUGGCAGCGUGGGAGGAGUACAAGGCUCACGGUGGUCCUGCUGGCUCCCUGAGAGUGUCAACCGUGGCGGGUGUUGGUGUGCAGGAGUUGGUGCAUGCCAUACAGGCCAUGCUGUGUGCGCCCUCCCUUGCAUCCGCUCACUCAUCCCCGCCUGCACCGCUCGUCACCCCGCCCACUGCCACACACUCGCAACCACUGCCGCCAACUCAACCUGCACGCGCAGAAGGUUCCAUGAAUCUCCAGGAAGAUGCGACAGGGCAAAGUGCCACACACAGGUUGGAGGCAUUGGAGGGAGAGAAUGCUACGGGUGGUGGUUCGGGCAAAGCCGGGAAGAAGUGCAAAGCUAGUGACUUUUAUUACCCCCCACUACCUUCUCACAUGAUGAAAGGUACAUGA